AUGGGAGUGGAACAGGAAUCCAUCAAACCUACAUCCCGUCCCCUCACCGGUUUCACCGCCGAAUACACCUACAGUUGCGGAACAGUUCGGCUCCCCGUUUAUGUCGGCGGAAUUUCGAAGCUCUUGAAGUUCAUUGUCAUGGACAAACCGGCCAUCUACAACGCAAUACUCGGCACCCCCUGGCUCCACGAAAUGAAAGCCGUCGUCUCGACUUUCCACCAGUGCGUGAAAUUCCCGACGCUAUCCGGGAAUUUACACCUUGCGUGGGGAUCAAAGAGUGACGCGAUCAUGCUUCCUUCGCGAGCGCAAGCUCCGCACCGCAUCAUCCUUUAUGAUAGCCGAACCCUCAAACCAACAACCUCGCGAAGAAUCUGA